AUGUCUACACCUAAUACAACAAGACUACGGGAUUUAAUUGCCGCUGUACGUCAAUGCAAGACUGCUGCUGAGGAGCGUGCGCUUAUCAACAGAGAAAGUGCACAUAUUCGUGAAGCAUUCCGUGAAAACCGACCGUUUCUUCGUACGCGUAAUAUGUUGAAGUUACUGUACAUCUCCAUGCUUGGUUACCCAACAGAGUUUGGUCAGGUUGAGGUAUUGAGUCUGUUGGCGCAGGCAGAUUAUGCGGGGAAGCGUGUUGGUUACCUUACACUACAGAUGGUGCUUGACGAGAAUGAUGAAGUACUUACAUUGUCGGAGAACCACAUUAAAAAAGAUUUAACGCAAGGACAAUCCCUCAUUCAGUCUAUGGCAUUGAAUGUGGUAGCGAAUAUUGCGAGUGAGGUGAUGGCACGUGAUAUGCUUGAUGAGAUAUCUAAACUUGUUACUUCAUCAAAUGCUUACUUGGGAAAAAAGGCUUGUCUCGCAGCUAUACGAAUUGUGAAAAAGAUUCCUGACUAUGCUGAGAUAUUUUUGGAGACAUUUUCAAAUUUAUUUCUUGAACGUACUCCAAGUGUACUUAUUUGUUCUGUUACUCUUGUUAACGAGUGUCUACAACUUCCACAGGGUGAACAAUUUUUAUCUAAAUACCGUUUGAUGGCAAAUGCUGCAGUACGUGUUUUGAAGCAGCUAGUUUUAUCGUCACGUGUGACGGAUCAAGAUGUUUGUGGAAUUUCUGAUCCUUUCCUUCAAGUAAAGAUUCUGGAAUUUAUGCGACUUAUAGGAAAAGGGAGUCCUGUUACUUCUGAAGCUUUAAAUGAUGUAUUAGCGCAAGUACUUACUAAUACCGAUGGAAGUCGAAAUGUUGGUUCUGCAGUUCAAUAUGAAUGUGUAAGGACUAUUUACGCUAUAGAAGGAGAUGAAGGACUUCGUACUUUAGGUAUUAAUACAAUAGGUCGUUUCCUUUCUUCAACUGACAAUAAUCUACGUUUUGUAGCAUUACAAUCAUUAUUAAAUUAUUCUUCUCGAGAUGCAGAUGCUGUUCGAGAACAUCAAUAUACAAUAUUGGAUUGUUUGAAAGAUGUGGAUAUUUCUAUCCGCCGACGUGCUGUGGAUCUUACGGUAGCACUUGUAAAUGAAAAAAAUGUCCGUUUGCUUGUACCUGAUUUAAUUUCUUAUUUAACUGUAUGUGUUGAAGAGAUGCGAGAGGAUGUGACGUUGCACUUAUGUCGGAUUAUAGAGAGUAAAUCACCAAGUACUGAGUGGCGUGUCGAACUUUCGCUUCGUCUUUUACGUUUGGCGAAGCAAUAUGCUCCAAUAGAUUUCGCUACUCGGUUUAUUGCUUUACUUUCAAAUGAAUCCACAGAAAUUCAAACAUCGGCAGUUUUAUCGAUGUGGGAAGAGGCUUCAUACCCAUUUGAUGCCCUUCAUCAAUCUCGCAAAGCAUUUCUUUUGGCAGCCGUAUGGGGUAUUGGUGAGUAUGCGGAUCUUUUAAUCCCUGCAAAAGGAUUAAAACCAGAAGAUGUAGCUAUUUGUAUUGCUGAUAUUACUAAUAAUAGCGCAUUUAAUAUGAUUAAAUGCUAUGGCUUAACGGCAUUAAUGAAAAUAGCUUCUAGAUUUCCAUCGACAAAAACAACUGUUCUUCCAGUAUUUGCAAAUUACGCUACAUGUUUGGAUUGUGAAUUACAACAAAGAGCGUGUGAGUAUACUUCAUUACUUGAAUCAUUUCCAGAGGAAGCUACUUUCAGUUUUUCUCGUAUGCCACCUAUUUAUCAAGCAGAUGAAGAAGAAGACUCUGUUCAACCUGUUCCUGAAGUAAAUCUUCCACCUGAAUUUUUACAGCAACAAGCUGCAGUUGCAUUGGAUGACUUAUUUAAUGUAAAUGCAAAUACUAGUCUUGCAGCUUCUUCUUCUGGAAAUAAAAAUAUUCAACAUACUGCUGCAGAUAUAGAUGACCUUUUCAGUACAAAAAGAGAAGAAGCUUCUGAUACAACAGCUUCUUAUUUAAAUUCGAAUGGACCUACUAUUGCUAAUACAACUCUGGGGACAACGGUAUUAGCAGCAGAACCAACAAAAGAUUCAGUUGCAGCGGUACCAGUGUUUAACUGUGAUGAUCUCUCUGUAAGUGUGAGUGGCGUAGAGAAGGAAGGUCUAAUAGCAACAAAUAUUAUUGUAGAAUCUAAAAUUGAUACUCCUUUGGAAAAUCUUACAAUACAAGUAGCAGUACCAAAAACAUGUACGUUAGAAAUUGGAUCUUUGCCAUCAACAGUAAUUCCAGCUCAUGGACGAAUGGUACACCAUUGUACUGUAGAUAACAGAAAAAAUACAAAGAAUCCCCAUCUCUUGAUGCUACGGAUCAAACUUUUGUAUACAGUUAAUGGGACUCCACGUUCGCAAUUGCUACAGGUGUCUCAGGAAGUGUAA